AUGGAGGAAUCUCGAAAUCAGGCAAACCCGCCCGCUCGUCGCGCGAAGAAGAUGCGGAAGGGAACCCGAAGCUGCACCGAAUGUAGAAGACGUAAAACCCGGUGCAUUUAUUCACCCGGAGAUCGCGAGUGCAUAUUGUGCAAAUCGCGCGGUGCACGCUGUAUUGAGCAGGGCAGCGAAGAUCCGAGAGUUUCAGAGUCCAAGCGAAGUGCUCUUCAUAAAGAAUCCAAAAAUGGGAGAAAAGCUAAAGAUCAAGCUGAAACUUCUAUUGAUCAGCCUGAGAAGCUCUUGGAAGAUGCGGAGACAUCUGAUCUCAUGUUAUCGGAAAAGAUCGACUCUGCACCGAUCGUCUCUUUACUACUCGAUGCCAAGCUUUCAAAUUUAACAAAAGCCGAAUCGGUCCAGUCUUUUGGCUUGGUGGCAACGGGUAACGAAUCGACUUACGCCCGACUGCCAGACAGAGGUCGAAGUCUGCGAGUAUAUAAUAACAACCCUCUUGUUAGCAAAUCUGCACGUAUAUGCUCCACUUUGCGUUCAAUACUGCCGAGCUAUGACACGAUAAUGUCCGUCUUGGCUGAGAAGGGGUCGUGGUGGGACAGCUUCCGUCAAAAGGCAUACGCCAUUUCUGAAGCCCCGUCUCAGACAAUAGAGGCCUUUGCGAAGCGAACUUAUACAAGCAGCAAACCAGCCGACAUAGGCGCCCUUGCCAUUGCAUUUGCGAGGAGCAUGAACAAGCACCGUUAUAUCUUCACCCUUGUAGAUGAGCUUGUGAUCUCAGAUAUUAAUUAUACGGCAACUAUAGAGGGCUUGGAAUGCCUGAUACUGCUUGCCAAAUCAUAUACCGAUUGCGGCCAGCCAAAGAGAUCAUGGCUGGUAUGGAAGAAGGGCAUAGCUGCAAUUCAGCUGAUGGGUAUUUGUAUCGGCAGCAACUAUUCUCCGACGGAGCUGAGGCUGUGGUGUGCAGUUUAUCAUGGUGACCGAUUCAGUAGCAUGCUACUGGGGUUGCCUUAUGGGCUCAAUGACAACCAUUAUCAAUCUGCUAUUACUGCAUCCGGAAUGUCCCCAGGCUUUUACUUCGUUCUCAACUGUGCGGUCAUUUCUGGAAAGAUUAUUGACCGAAAUAUGGCUCCUAGCAAGCCUUCUUACGCAAAAGCCAUAGAAUUGGAUGAGGAACUGGAAUCGAUUGCGUCGUCACUACCAAAAGAUUGGUGGAUGGUCCCGAGUGAUAUAGAACAAUCACGACAGCCAUUCGAGUCGGACAAUCUCAGAGAACAGCUGUUACAGCAGUUAUACUUUUAUUGGGUCAAACUAUACCUUCACUUGCCAUUCUUAGUCGACUCGGCAAUAAGUUCGCCUCAUUACUUUAGCAGAAUGGCCUGCAUAGAAGCGGCAAAACAGAUCUUGAGGAGAUACCGGGUGUUGCGCUGCAGAAACAAGUCGGGCUACUGUUUAUUCGAAUGCCAGACAACGGAUUUCGCCUGUUUCACUGCCGCGGUAGUUCUCCUUGUUGGGACAUUUCAUUGCAGCGCUGCAUUCCCCUCACCAAGUGUGGAAGAAGGCCUGGAGCUGGUGGCGGCUACCGACAAGAUUUUACACGAUGAAGAGCUCAAGAGCGACUGCAAAGUUGCAGCACAGUGUCGAAAAGUGCUUCGAAUGCUCAGCACGGAAGGGCCCGACACAUCGGACGCACAUCGGGAAGUUGUGAUACCGUAUUUUGGCGUGGUGAUUCGCAAACGGUCUCGCCACCUACAGUCCCAUAAUCCGCGAAAUGCACCACAGUCGGUCGGCCAUGAUGUCGAUGAUCUCUCCGACCCAUCUCUUCCUCUUCCGCCUCACCCUUAUUAUCCAGCCGAUGCGGGAGAUAAUAACCCGGCCGUGGAAAACCCUUGGAGUUUAAAUGGAUUUUCGCUCCAAUAUAUUAGCCAUCGCGGACUUGACCGGACCAAUCUCGGUGGGUUUAUGGGAGGCGCCGGAGUGGAGUCUGGGCCAGACGAGUCUCAUUUUACCUCGGCAGCAAUGGAAUGGGACCAAGGCUGGAGCGUUCUUACCGAGAUUGACUGGGACCUGAUGCCAGGCAUUGACGAAAUGUCUCCUGAGGAUUUGUUCAACUUUUAG